AUGGAGUGUGUUCUCAGUACCUUGCUCAAGGACGACGGACAAUUGGAUCAAAAUCAGGACCAGGAUCAAUCGACAGGUCUAAGAAGCCUCAGAGAAGUGAACGAGGAGCAAUUGGUGGAGGAAGCGAAGGAGGAGGAAGCGGAUCAGAACGACAAUGACACGGAUCAAAUGCCAAGAGCACAGGGCACAUUCAGGAGUCAUGAAGUAGAUGACAAAAGUGGAACGGCGGGACACGUGUGUACUUCAAGGGAUGGAUCAACUACCGACGAAGGUCUGUGGCAGAUGGGCGAGGGACAAGGAGCGUCUGUGAACUGGAUCGAGUCCUUGAAUCAUUCGUUGCGACGGUUUUCUAGGUUCCAAGGAGGUGUCUCAGGAGUGGAUGAUGCCUCAAGCGCGGAGAUCGAGCCCAGCAAGGUUUCUUUUCUCGAUGGCAAAACGUGGUUCGCAGGCGAAAGGGGCGGUGAAGGUGGAGGAAAGAGGCGUUACACCACCACCUCUGGACAGAACAGACGCGUAGGAGACAAGAAUCAAGAUAGGCCCCUCAAGAUGAAUUCAAACGGGCCGAAAUGGACCUAUCGGCGCUAUGCAAGGCGCGUAGUUUUGAACUUUGCCCAUCCUCAAGCCUCUCCCCAGCUUUUGGUCCGAGCUCUCGAGUGUAUCGGUUCUCGCUGUCACGGUCAGAUUCAGGCCUUGGAUUUGCACGCCAACGAGAAAAUGCAGGAUUCAGGACUGGAGACGCCGGAAGAGCUGACUCGACUUUUCGGCUCAGGAUUUACGAAACUCCGAUACCUACGACUGCAAGGAGGCUUAGUCGAUAACCAACUUUUGUACGCCCUUCUCAACAACUUUCCAUCGCCAACGCCCACUCCACCAUCGGAUUCAACUCAUGUGAGUUAUGCUGACGGAUCGAGGUCGUUUGCGGAACCUAGGAUUCGUUCCCCACCACCAGCACUGAUUACCGAACCUUGCUGCCUGUCACAAGUGUUCUUGGGUCCUGGAUCGGUUACCGACAGUGGCAUAGAAAGGCUCAUCGAUGUCGCUGGAAAGACGCUCGAGGUGUUCACAGUGACGAGCUGUGUUGACGUUGGUGGAGGAGCUCUGGCCAGUCUGUUGACCAAGUGUCCCAAACUCCGAGUUCUGGCAGUUCAUCGAUCUCUGGCUCGCGACAGAGAGUUGUUGGAAGGACUGGGAGUACCACCGGAGAGCGCUGUACCAGGGCCCCAACAACAUCAACAAGUGCACCCACUCCAUCUUUUUCAAUCGCAGCAGCAGGAGGAAGCAACCAACUCGAAUGACAGUCAUGAUACCCCACCGCAAGUAAUCAGGAAGACCAUCGUUGCGCCACUGGAGCGGCUGGAGCUGGGAACAGUCAAGUUGACCAACACUGGGAUCGCAGAGAUCUUGAAGGCUACAGGGAAGACGCUGCGGUUCCUGGUACUGGAGACGCAACAUUUCAACGACGGAUUCUUGAGGAACGUGGUUUCUCCUUUGUGCACGCAACUUGAAGGAUUGCACUUUGACGACCCGGAGCAGGUCCAGCGGCUUCAACAGCAGAUGCAAGGUCUUGGAUUCAGCGCAGGACGCCGUGGACCUCACCUACCUAGGAACCAAGUUGCGUUUGGUCGGUCAGGAAGAUCAUUUUAUUCAGAUCCCAGACAUCAUUAUCGCUCGCAGUCUCAAUCUCACCACUACCAUUCGACAUCUUUUCGACCUCAGUAUCACAAUGGACAGGAAGGUGUUUUCGGAUCGACGACAACAAAGCGGCAAGGAGGAGGAGGUCGAGGUGAUCGCUCGACCAAAGUGAGCGCCUGGUUAGGAGAAACUACGACGGAUGAAUGGGUGACCUUUGGCGAUUGUGCCUUGUGGAGUAGCGCGGCAUCUCCUGCAGUGUCGUAUGACAAUGGCGGCGCCAGUGGUCCCCCAGGAGGUCGCUUCCCUCACCAGCAUCGUCAGCACGGCCAGCCGCUGCACCAGAUGUACCAUAAACCGGCCAUGGCGAUAGGGAAUGCCUUUAUCCAUGGAUUCAACCAUCAUCACAGCCAUCAGGCAGCAUCCAAUUGGUUCCUGGGCGACUCUGACGAGCUUUUGGAUCGACACCGAGUGGCAAGGGAGACGGUGGAUGAGGUGCAAGAGGCGUUAUCGAAACUGGAAACGUUCACUGUGAUGGAUUUGGAUUUUGUUCUGGAGCGCAAGGGCCUGUACGAAGCCCAGGUUUUGAUGCAGAAGGAUGAUAUUUGGGUGCAGAGCGCCGGAUUCCGGGCGCUCCAGAUGUUCUAUCUGUGCUUGUUCCUGAGCACCAUCUACUUCAGCGUUUUUCGCUAG